AUGCCUUCCGCAGUCGCAGUCGACUCGGCCCCGCCAGCGUUGCCAACUGGCAAGAUGACGCCGCCGCUCCUACUUCAGCCGGCCAAGCUGGAUGAACAAGCUUUGGAGACUGCCUCCAACAUCCUGGGCGUCAUCUCUCGCUACCGGCUGAGCCACAAGCCGACCCCCAAGUCCGACGAGGGCGACUUGAAAUUCCUCGCCCAGAUUUACAGUAAGGUCCGGGCAGGUCGGCUAAUCAACAUGUGCCUGCCCGCCUUCCCCUUCAAGUCACCCAACUCUAUCACAAAAGUUCUUGGCUACCUCCCGGACAAGGCCGAGGAGGUUGCCCUUGCCCACCUUAACGGAUUGUGUGAUGCGAUCAAGAACAUUUACUCUCCCGGCUCCGAGCUCACCAUCAUCUCCGAUGGUUUGGUGUAUAAUGACCUCCUCGGCGUCCCAGACAGAAAUGUUUGGGCCUACGGUGAGGCUCUGCGUGCCAUGAGCGCAGCAAAGGAGUUCAACAACAUCAAGUUCAACCGCCUCAAGGAUUUGGUGCACGUAGAUGUGCCAGAUGAGAUGGACGAGAUCACAUAUGUUACCAACGCUACAAACUUCCGUUUGGCCCUGCUCAACUCUUUCAGCAAACGCGAUUACGACGUCGACCUGAAGAUUGCCGAUCACGAGGACACUUGUUUGACCUACAGGGGAUACCUGAAAUUCCUGGAAACUGAUCUGCAAACCAUCUACCCGAUCACCGAGGAGAGGUCAAAGAAGAAGUACAAGAAGGGCCUCGGCUACAUCGCCAAACAAAUGCUUUUCCGAGGCGAUGCAUUUGCACGAGCAGUCAGGGAGACUUUCUCUGACCACAUCCGACUGUCAAUCCACCCAUCUACCGCAUUCAGACUAGACGGCACCGUCACCAGCGGUCUGCGAGCCGAUUUCGAGAACGACUCCAAGCUGGAGCUCGUGUAUGAGGACGGCCGGCCGAGCUACUUCCGCGAGAAGUCGGACCUGCUCUCCUGGGCAGAAGAAAAGGGCGGCAUCAUCUGCGAGCCCAUCUACCCGGCUGGCAUCAUCAUCCGGCCCGCUCUCGGCCCUGGAAAGCUGUCCAUCCACGACGUCGACUCGGCCAAGGUCCGGUCGCUGUCGGAGAUUAACUCUCCCAUCAUCAUGCGUGGCUUCUCCAAGACCACGGACAGGGAUCUGUUUGUCGCAAAGUCAGAAGAGCUUGGAAAGCCACUGCCGUGGAAAUUUGGACUUGUACUGGAGGUGAAAGACCGUGGCGCGGACACAAGAGGACUCAACAAUGUCCUUUCUGCUGAGUGGAUGCCCUUCCACUAUGACGGACUAUUCCAACUCUUCACCGGCGUCACAAGCUCCCCCAAGGACACAGGCUACACCCUCUUCUCCAGUUCCACCCUCGUCUUCAAGUACCUCCCGGCGGACCUGGACCUCGCCUACCUGCGCACCCUGACCUGGGGCGUGAGCACCUCCUCCUUCGACGCGGCCAGGCUGCGCGGCCUGCCGUUGGUGAUCGACCACCCGACCACGGGGGCCCCCUGCCUGCGGUACCACGAGCCCUGGCCGCAGUCCAAGACGGCCUUCGACCCGACCUGCGUGACCAUCGAGGACGAGAACGGGCCCAUCGAGAACAACGACGCGCUGUGUGCCGUGAUAGACAGCCUCCUGCAUGACCGCCGCGUGGCGUACUGGCACUCGUGGGACAAGGGCGACCUGGUGGUCUCGGAUAACAUCCUUAUGAUGCAUACGCGGAGCGACUUCACGGCUGGGUGUGACCGGGAGCUGUGGCGGAUACACUUUGACUGA